AUGGGAAAUAUCAUUAGCUUCCGUUUCUCUGCAUUGCAUUUCUCCUAGAAUUUCAUCAAAUGCGCCGCCUAAAUGAGACGCCACCAUCAUCAUAACCUGUAAUCAUUCUCAAAAAAAUUCACGUUCACGCAUGACUCCAUAGAAGAAGGCGAUUCUGACCAUGUCGUAUUUCAACGGAAGAGUAACUAUAAAAGUCUGUGAGGCGGUCGAUCUUAAACCGACGGAUUUUGCAACGAGACACGCUGUCGGAGUAGCAAAGGGCCCGCAAAUUAUAGAUCCUUACGUUCAAUUGAAUAUCGACGAUCUGCAAUUCGCCAAAUCAACGAUAAAACCGAAAACUUGCAGUCCAAUUUGGAAUGAAGAGUUCGAGACGAAGGCGAGAAAUGCUCAGAAUUUGGGUUUCACCGUCUUUCACAAUUCCGCACUUCCACCUGAUCAGUUCGUCGCUAAUUGUGCAUUGGCCUUUGAUGAUUUACUCGAGAGUUCGGAUUUAUGGGCUGAUUUGGAGCCGUCCGGAAAGUUACAUGUCAUCAUAAACCUAAAUGGAUCGAAAUCAGAAGAAACGCCAGCUGCUCAAGAAUCGCGAGUCUUCAAAGAGAAGGAGGGUCUUCUAAAUAGGCGGCGAGGAGCGAUGAAGAGGAGGGUGCAUCAAGUGAACGGUCAUAAAUUUAUGGCGACCUUCUUCCCUCAGCCGACAUUUUGUUCAAUAUGUAGGGAAUUUAUCUGGGGCUUAGGAAAACAAGGGUAUCAAUGUCAAGUGUGCACGUGUGUAGUGCACAAGCGGUGUCAUCAAAAUACAGUUACGAAGUGUCCUGGAAUGAAGGAUACACCCAACGAUACGUCUGCAGGGGAAGGUGGAAGAUUCAACAUCAACGUACCACACCGAUUCCAAGUGCACAGUUAUAAAAGACCUACGUUUUGUGACCAUUGUGGUUCAUUAUUGUAUGGUCUCAUCCGACAAGGUCUACAGUGUCAGGCUUGUAAAAUGAAUGUUCAUAAACGGUGCCAGAAGAAUGUGGCGAAGAAUUGCGGUAUAAAUACGAAGAAUAUGGCUCAAAUUCUCAACGAGCUCGGUAUUUCCGGCGACAAAUUCAGUACGAGAAAGAAGGCAUCCUUCGUGUCAACUAGUUCCAAAAGUAAAUCAACAGAUUCACCCGGUUUGCAGGAUGGUUGCUCUACUUCAACAGAGUUGGAUAGGUCUCGGAGUUUGUCAGCGGAGCGGAGAGAAAGUUCAGGGGAACAUCCAACUUUAUCAGAUUUUGUAUUCCUAAAAGUAUUAGGGAAGGGUAGCUUCGGUAAGGUGAUGCUCGCCGAGCGGAAAGGGACUAAUGGUGAAGAAGUUUACGCCGUGAAAGUGUUGAAGAAAGAAGUUAUUAUUCAGGACGAUGAUGUAGACUGUACGAUGACUGAAAAGCGAAUUUUAGCAUUAUCAGCCAAGCACCCUUUUUUGACUGCAUUAUAUUGUUCAUUUCAAACUCGUGACAGGCUUUUCUUCGUUAUGGAAUAUGUAAACGGAGGAGAUUUGAUGUUUCAAAUUCAAAAAUCAAGAAAGUUUGAUGAAAAUCGAGCGAGAUUCUAUGCGGCCGAAGUAACUCUUGCGCUAGUCUUUUUACAUAGGCAUGGUAUUAUUUACCGAGAUCUGAAGCUGGAUAAUAUCCUAUUAGAUGCCGAUGGACAUUGUAAAAUAGCCGAUUUUGGUAUGUGUAAAGAAGGUAUGACACCCGGUAGAACAACUCAAACGUUUUGCGGGACACCUGAUUAUAUAGCUCCAGAAAUUUUACAAGAAAUUGAAUACGAUGCGUCCGUCGAUUGGUGGGCUUUAGGAGUUCUUAUGUAUGAAAUGAUGGCCGGCCAGCCACCAUUUGAGGCGGACAACGAAGAUGACCUCUUCGAAUCUAUUCUGCACGAUGAUGUACUUUAUCCAGUCUGGUUAAGUAAAGAGGCUGUGUCAAUAUUAAAAGGCUUCAUGACAAAAGUUCCGGCGAAGAGAUUAGGAUGUGUUAAAAGUCUAGAUGGAGAGAGAGCAAUACGAACUCACCCAUUCUUUUUAGACAAGAUCGACUGGGAGGCUCUUGAAAAUCGUCAAGUAAAACCUCCGUUUCGACCUAAAAUCAAAUCACGUACUGACGCUACAAACUUCGAUAAGGAUUUCACAUCUGAAAAGCCAGUUUUCACACCUGUCGACUCUAGCGUUUUGAAAGCUAUUAAUCAAGAUGAAUUUCGUGGAUUCUCCUUCGUUAAUGACGAGUUUGACUACAAAAAACGAUUUAGUUGUUUAUUAGAAGGCGACGCACCUAUUUCAGCGUCUAGCACGUGA